AUGUUUGCUAUGGUACUGCUUGGUGUCUUUGGUUUGUCUUUGACUCUCUCCUCAGCUACACAAGUGGGUUUAACUGACAAAGUCCUGGUCUUCCCAUAUGAGACGGACUUCAGCUUCGUGGCCCUGAUCCCACAGAAGGAGAUGGGGCUGAGGGCCUUCACGCUCUGCAUGCGUGUGGCCACUGAGCUGCCAGAAGAACGACAGAUCAUCCUGUUCGCCUACCGCACAGCUGACUAUGACGAACUCAACGUGUGGCGCGAGAGGGACGGACGUAUCUCCUUUUAUAUGAGCGGUGACGGUACCUCCUUCCACCUGCCACCUCUUACCACCUUCCGCACCAGCCUCUGCCUGACCUGGGAGUCUCGCACUGGCCUGGCUGCUUUUUGGGUGGAAGGGAAGCGCAGCACCUACCAGGUCUACAAACCUGGGCACUCCAUCCGCCCAAAAGGCUCCAUCAUCUUGGGACAAGACCCAGACAAACACCUGGGGGGCUUAGAGGCUGUGCAGAGCUUUGUUGGGGAGGUGACGGAUCUGAAUAUGUGGGACUUUGUGCUCUCUAGGAGCAUGAUUCAGGCCUGGCACUACGGGCACAAGGUCCCUAAAGGCAACAUCUUCGACUGGGGCACUAUUGAGUAUGAGCUGAAUGGGAACGUGAUGGUGGUGGAUGAUGACUGA